CAGACAAGUCCCGAGAUACUUCCCUCAAGUAGUUGCUUGGGAUUUCCGCCUCGUCCAAUCGUCGUUCGUGCUUUCCUUCAGCAACCUUCCUGAUCGAUCCGCGACUUCCCUUUGACACCGCGACGGACGGACUGGUUCCCUUCGCCUUCGCUCUUUCCUCUAGUAGGGCCUUUCUUACGUACCCUACGUACCCCCCCGGUCCUCUCAUGUUCUUCCUCUUCUCUCUCUCGCGCUCACUCUCCGCUCUCUACUCUCUCUACCUUUCUCUCUCUACCUCUCCCUCCCUCUCUAUUAUACCUCCUCGCUUCGACAUCACCCCCAGCUGGUGCGGGAUCCUACUAAUCUAUCCGUCUGCCUCGACACCACUUUCGUUUCUUUCUACUUACACUCCUUCCACUCCCUCGUUCCUAUUCCCGCUCCCGUUCUUGUUCCCGUUCCACCUUCAGUUGCCGGCUGGGCUCCAUUCGUUUGUAGACACCUACUACGUCCACUCCUUCACCUAUCUCCUCUCUUCUUCCCCCGUCCGCUUCUCGUGCGCACUCGCUCGACUUGUCUAUCUGACGGUUGGGUUGGGCGUAUCAAACACGCCAAAAACGCCUCCUGUGGCGCCGACGCCUGAUUUGAUCUAUAACUGUCUGGAAGGGGGCCUAUCUCGACCCCGUUGCGACCAUCGCCCAAGCCAUAGCUAGGAACGAAACCGAUAGGGUGGGAUCUCUGGAAGUUUC